AAGAGAAAGUAUUCAAAGAUUGGGAAAAUCGUUUCAAUUCUCCAAAUGUUCAAAACAAUGGCACGCUAAUGCCGACCUAGGUUUACAGGUCCUUUUAAUCUUUCUCUCAACCCUCCAUACACAGAGCAUGACCCUUUUCUGGAGGGGGCGGCAAUCUCUCUCCGCCGUGGAAGUGUGACAAUCAUUUCUCCAAGAAGUUCAACUGCUGCUCAUAUUAUUCAGAAAAUCACUAUUCUCACACUAUUCCAUAUACGUUAAUAUACGCGUAUACGCAUUUGUAUAUCGCCGAUUAGGGUGUUUUCGCGUGGAAUAAUUAAUUUUGAUUGGAUAAGACUUUGUGAAGUUCAUGCGCAAAAAGUAGGUCUGGAAUUGAGGGGAAAUGGGGAGUGGAGAUGAUCGGACGUUUAGGGCGGAUUUCAGCGGCGAAGGAGUGGCGCAGCUUCGGGAGCAUGUGAAGGAGAAACUCAAGGAGUUCAUGGGGGACUACACUGACGAUACACUCGUGGAAUAUGUAAUAGUCUUGCUUAAAAAUGGAAGACAUAAAGAAGAAGCAAGGAAUGAAUUGGAUGUUUUCCUUGGUGAUGACAGUGACUCUUUUGUCUCAUGGUUGUGGGAUCAUCUUGGUUCAAAUUUAAAUCUAUAUGUACAACAAAGAGAAAACCCUCUUGAUGAUGUGAUCACAACAAGACCUGCCAGUGAUGAGAAGGCUGGUAAGAAUGACACUUGCCAAUUGGGAUCUGAAUCUAACAAAGUUGAAUCAGACAAAUCAAGACCCCGCCACAGAAGGGAGUGGAAAGGGCUGGUGAGAGAUACAGAUCAACACCCACCUCUACGAAGUGUUGUGGUUGAUAUUAGUCACAGAGAAGAGGUAAAACAUAAAAAACCUGGUCGUAUAAAACGAUCUAUCUCACCCCAACCAGAAGUUCAGAGGAAGAGAAGUCGGCAUGACUAUCAACGUAAAAUGAAGAGAGAAGACAUUUCUCAAGCAACAAUUGCCGCUCCGCGGAGGUUGCUGCAAUUUGCAGUGCGAGAUGCUGUGGCUACCUCAAGGCCGUCUCAUUUAGCUACUGAACCAUCACUGAAGCGUAUUCGCUCUGUGGUUUCUACAUCCUUGGAGGACUCUUCAAUAGAAAAAUACCUAAACAGAAAACAAUCUGUUGCAAGAGGACCGAAUGCCAUUGUGACUGCUAUUAAAGCUGUUGCUGAAGCUGCCAAAGAUGUGACAAAGGUUAGGUCCUCAGCUAAUGUGUUUGAUAGGCUUGGUCAUGCCGCUAACACAAUGGAUACCUCAGCUCUGGUAGAGGAGUCAAGGGAAGAUAUUGCUGAAGAUACGGAAGAUGAAACUUUUGUUGAUGUUAUGGAAGUUCCCCCAACGUAUCAUCAAAGAAAUUAUACUGGACAGUAUGCUAGAAAAUUGCAUGGCAACACUGGGAUGACUUUUGAUCCUGGAUCAGAUGGAGGUUAUAAUGACAUUAAUGUUGUGGGCCAAGAGGAUUUGGGUGCCACAUGCACAUUUGUUGGAAAGGCGGGUGUUAGCCCACUGAUGGUUGACUACAGUGUGGUUAACACUGCGGAUGGAAUAAUGCCUAAGGCAUUAAAGAAUCAGGAUCAACCUACAUCCAUACGAAAUGCUUCUCGUAAGAUGAUGACUGGAUCCCUGAAUGUGAAUACUUGGAAAUCACCUCAAUAUCAGGAGGCAAGGAAGGCAUUGAGAGUAGAGGCUUGUGAAUCUACAGAAAACAGUGGGGCUGUGGCUGCCAAGCUUCGCAUGCCAUUUUUGAAAAAGAACAGUGAUCCUGUGACAGUUGAGAAUAGGAGUUUGAAGCCCAGUGCAGAUACAGAAAGGGAAUCCCAAAAGAUACAGUCUGUUCCUGGCUUAUAUUCUACUGGUCCAGCCCCAGUAGAUACUGAUUCCCGGACAAUUUUUGUCAAUAAUGUUCAUUUUGCUGCUACAAAGGACAGUCUUUCACGACACUUUAAUAAGUUUGGAGAAGUGCUUAAAGUGGUCAUUUUGACUGAUGCUGCAACUAGACAACCUAAAGGGUCAGCUUAUGUGGAGUUCAUGAGAAAGGAAUCAGCGGAGCGUGCUUUAUCUCUUGAUGGAACCUCAUUCAUGUCACGUAUCCUCAAGGUUGUGAAGAAAGGCUCGGCUCCUCCAGAACCAACAUCUGUCAUGACUUGGCCUCGAGUAGUGAGAGGAGGCCCUUUCGCCACUUCUAGGUUUGGCAGGGUUCCUUUUCCCCGAGGCAUACCGAGUGUAUAUAGGGCCCCCCAGCUCCCGAUCAAACCUGGUGCAAGGAGCAUGCAAUGGAAGCGUGAUGCUAAGUUAACUUCAACAGAAAAUGUUGGUACAGCAAGAGCCUCAAACAAUGCCAUGUCAUCUAUGACUGCUCGGAGCAUGACAUAUGUUCGGGCUGAACAGAAAACAAAUUGAAGUUUUGGAGCUGUAAAAACUAUUCUUUUGAUGGCCCUCUAACGUCUAACAACUUGGAAGGAUGAACGUGCAUGGUAGCGUUGAUUAUGUUUUGCUUGAUCAUACAUCAACCAAGCUGGGUGACGGAAUAGUGGAAAGAAAGGGUUUAGUGGAUGGUAGUGUUUUGCUUUAUUUAUCGUUUUAUGUUCUCUGUUUCCCUCUACAAGGAAAAGGCGGGCUGGAAAGUUGCAUUUGUUAAUGCAAAGGGGAUUUAGUUCUGAUUUUUUGUUUGUCCUAGAAUUGAUGGUGAAAAGGAAAAGUAAAAAUAAAAGUACAGGGUAUUAGCAAGAAACACUAAUAUGCAAUUCUGCAUGAAGUUGCUGUGGUAGAUGAAAUUCUACAACUGAUAAUGAUAAAUUUGAUAUUACAUCUUAUCUGGACUUUUGUUUGGUUU